GAACUGACGCCAGACCACAUGAAACGAAUGCAGAGAGAACGAGCCCAGCUGGUCUGCAGCAGGUUCUCCACCAAGACCCUGCGCCCAGCCAGAUAGCUAUCAGACGUACUGUAUUUCCACACAGCUGAAGGGAAAAGCCUGUCUCUGCAGGAGAACACCUUUCAUGUGGACAAACUCAGGACAGUCAGACUCCGGUGCGUUUCACUGACGAGGCUCUUAACGAGAUGAGGAAGUCCCGAGCGGAGUGCGGGGGCAUGCUGACGGGGGGCGGCGGGGGUGUGCGGGCCGGGGGCCGGGCGGUGAGGAGGAGGAUGACCUGCCCGUCCCCCCAGGAGAUCAGCCGGGCCCAGGCCAUGAUGACGCCGCUGGGCUCGCUGACCCGCGGGGCCAGCCUGGACGAGCUCAUCGACCGCUGCCUCAACUCCUUCGACCAGGACGGGAAGCUGCAGCGGGGGUCGCAGGUCGUCGACAUGACCCUGAUGAUGCACUGCUGGGUCGUGCCCUCGCACUCCUUCGGGCGCCGGCUGCUCACCCUAUAUCGGGACUGUCCUGUGGAGAAGAGAGGACACCUGAGACCUCGAAUUUGCCACUUCAUCAGGCACUGGAUCAACCGGUUCCCAGUGGUGUUCAAGGGCGAUGACCUGCUGGGGGGAGUGAUGGAGGAGCUGUGGGAACUGGUGAAACGAGAAGGAGAGGAGCAGCACUCUCAGCUCGUAGACACCUCCGACCUCCAGCCCUCCAGCGGCUGUAGACGUCUGACCCUGCAGGGCGGGGGCCCGGAGGUGAAGAAGAGGAAGGUGUCCCUGCUGUUUGACCACAUGGAGCCAGGAGAACUGGCCGAGCACCUCAGCUACCUGGAGUUCAAGAACUUCUGCAGGGUCUCGUACCUGGAUUACCGGAGCUACGUGCUGCGGGGGUCUGUGCGGGAGAACCCUGCGCUGGAGCGCUCAGUGACGUUGUGCAACGGGAUCUCUCAGUGGGUCCAGCUCAUGAUCCUGAACCAACACACGGCCCAGCAGCGGGCGGAGGUCUUCACCAAGUUCAUCUACGUGGCACAGAAGCUGCGGGCUCUCCAGAACUUCAGCACGCUGAUGGCAGUGACGGGGGGGCUGUGUCACAGCUCCAUCUCGCGCCUCAAGGACACGGCCAGCCUGCUGCCCCAGGACGUCACCAAGACCCUGAACGAGCUGACGGAGCUGCUGUCGUCCAGCAGUAACUACGGCACUUACCGGCGGGUGUACAGUGACUGUGUGGGCUUCAAGAUGCCCAUCCUGGGGGUCCACCUGAAGGACCUGGUGUCCCUGCACGAGGCCCUGCCCGACUACCUGGAGGACAACAAGAUCAACCUCAGCAAGAUGCAGCACCUGUACAGCAACAUCAGUGAGCUGCUGGCCAUCCAGAAUCACCACCCACCCUUCCAGGCCAACAAGGACCUGCUGCACCUGCUCACGCUGUCUCUAGACCUGUACUACACAGAGGAUGAGAUCUACGAGCUCUCCUAUGCCAAGGAACCCAAGAACCCUAAAUUACAGUCUGUCACCCCAGUGAAGCCCCCAAUGAUAGCAGACUGGGCGUCCGGGGUGGCCCCCCGCCUCGACCCCGCCACCAUCUCCAAGCACGUCAAACAGAUGGUUGACUCCAUCAUGAAGAACUACGACCACAACCUGGAUGGCUACAUUGCACUGGAGGACUUUGAGAAGAUUGCUGCCAGCUUUCCAUUCUCCUUCUGCACACAGGAGAGCGACAGAGCCACAGCUCCGCCCCUGCGUGCCAACAAGAAUCAGAAAACAGCAGAUUACAGAAAACAGCUAGAUCAGGAGAGAACAGCUGAUGACAUGAGACAGCAGAGGUUAUGUCCCGGGGUGAAUGCGAAGCCAGAGGUCUCACACACUUACAGCUAG